AUGACUUCCGUCAAAGAGCAGGAAGCCAUCAAGAAGCUCAUGGCAUUCCUGCAGGAAUGGGACAGAGCCCGCAAAGCUGCUCGAAGCCACAUCCUGGACAACUUCAUUGAGAGCAAUUCUGGCAAGACGGGGCCGGAGCUGGAGCUGGAGUUCUCCCAGGGAGCCAGCUUGUUCCUGGCUCGCCUAACAGCCUGGCUCCGGAUGACCUACAUGUACGGCACUUGCCUGGACAAGCUGCUGAAGUCCAUAGGCAUCUUUUUAUCAGCUGCAAGCGGACGCAGAUACCUCCUUGAGUUUCUGGAGAUCGGAGGCGUCCUGACGCUCCUGGAAAUACUAGGGCUGAGCCACCUGAGAGAGGAGGACAAAAGGGAGUCUGUGAAGCUGCUUCAGCUCGUGGCAAACGCUGGCAGGAAAUACAAGGAGCUCAUCUGUGAGAGCUACGGGGUACGAUCCAUUGCCGAGUUCUUGGCGACGUCCACAUCAGGAGACGCUCAAGAGGAGGUGCAGCUUCUGCUGGACUCUCUGGGCCGCGGCAACCCUAAGUACCAGAACCAAGUCUACAAGGGGCUGGUUGCAGUGCUGCCGUGCAGCUCCCCGCGCGCCCAGCAGCUCUCUCUGCAGACGCUCAGGGUCAUGCAGGAGGUGCUGGGGGAGGCCCCGCGCGCCCUGGUGCAGCCGCUGCUGGCCACGCUGCGCUCCGUGCACCUGGAGGUGCAGUACGAAGCCAUCCAGCUGCUGAGGGCCCUCAUGGCGUGCGAGGUUCGGCCAGCCCUGCUCCAAGGCCUGGUUGCGCUGCUGACACCACCCAGGAAGGAGGCGUUGGCCCUCGCCAGCGAAACGGCCCAAGACCCAGCCCAGCCUUGCCUGAGAGAGCCCAUGCUGCUGUAUAUUCAGCAAGCAGCUGCUGCAAAAGCCAUUGGCAUUUUAGCCAAGGAGUCGGCCACGGUGGCAGAGGAGCUGAUCCAGCUGGGAGUGGUGCACAGCCUGAUGGUGGCCAUGGGGAAUCAGGAUCACGCGGUCAGCCAGCGACACGCCAGCGUCUCCUUGGUGUAUUUUGUCCGCACAUUUCCUUCUGUGGAGGAGACCGUGAGAUUGGCAGUGGGGGACACCCUGUUCCAGCUAUUUAUGGACAGUCCUGACACAUGGUACACAAAAAUGGAUUCAUUCCAGGCUGAAAUACUGGCCUCCACGGGAGGGCACAGCCCCCAGGAGCUGGCUACACUUCAAGCCACUGAAGGGACAAGCCCUGGAGAGAACUGAACCCACCACAGAGGGGAGCGGCCGCUGUCUCCCCCACCCUAGGCCAACUCCUGCCUGAAGACAGUGGGUAUGAGAGCAGAGGGGUACACAGUACACAGGAAGGCCCUGCUUUGCAAAGGCUUCUUCCUAGAAGUGCAGGGAUCCACCUCCAUCUCAUUUUCCUGGUGAUUGCUCUGAGACUCUGUGAUAACAGACAUCCUGGUGGAACGGCCACGCAGACCUUUGGA